AGUACUGGGGACCAGACAUGGACCUAUAAAGCAGGCGCUCAUGCCAAUCAGAUAUCAGGUCUAGUAUGGGCCUGGCAAACGAUAGACGAUAGACUAAAAAAACCCGCUAUUUACGCGUUGGGAAGUUCUUUAAUAAGGUGUUACCGCUACUACGACAAUGCCUAAGGAUUUAACGUUGACUUACGAUGCACUAAACGAGGAAAGGACGUUUUCCGAGGGAGACACUUUAACGGGCACAGUGACGAUGUGUUUGAAAAAAGAUACGAAAGUUAAAUCCCUUUUCGUCAAACUUAAAGCCGACGCAAAUGUGCGUUGGAACGAAACGAUUGGUAAUAAUGCCUAUUACAGUCCUAAUGCACACAGGAGGUACUUCAAACUUAAACAAUUUUUGAUUCCUGAAAACCCUAAAGACACUCGAAUCUCCAAGGGAAAUCACUCGUAUAAAUUCAGCAUCAACAUUCCAUCCGGGAGUUUGCCCUCAUCCUUCCACGGGGCUCAUGGUAGGAUCGUCUACAGACUGGAAGCCAAGCUUUCAAGGAGCUGGAGGUUGGACAGCAAUGUAAAACAGGAGAUCAAUUUUGCAUCGAAGGCCAUUUCAAGCCUCCUGAUGACCCGCCAGGUUGGCCAAGUGGAUAAAGACAUAGGAAUCUUCUCAAAAGGAUCCGUACACAUGGAGGCGUUUGUGGAGAGCGGAGUCUACGCCCCGGGUCAAACUGUGGCAGUUAUUGUUAAAGUCAAAAACACAUCCUCAAAAGACAUGACCCCCAAGUUCUCUUUGAAUCAGUAUGUUACGUACCGUGCGCAAGGCUUUAUAGAGUUCGAUUGUCAUGAAAUCUGUAAGUUAGUUGGGGAGGUUAUUGAGAAGAAAAGUGAAAAAACAGUCACUUGUGCAUUGAAGAUCCCUCCUGACACGAUCCCAUCCAUCCAGAACUGUGAAAUCCUUUCAGUUGAAUACAAUUUUAAGGUGUACUUGGACAUCAGCUUUGCCACAGACCCAGAGAUCAAGUUUCCACUGGUCAUUGCCCCUUCCAGCUUCAUGUUAAACCCAGGGCCCGGGGGAAUGAACCAGCCGUACCCCCCUGUAGCAUACGGGGGCCCAAGCAACAGCGACUUCCCUCCCCCCGCCGCCUGCUUUCAGCCAGCUCCGCAUCAACAGGCCUAG